CCCCAGCAUCCUCCUCUGUCCAGAGCACUUGGCCCUGUUGCACAGGAGAGAGAAGAGAGGUCAGAGCAAAAAAGGAUAAAUUGUGCAGCCACAUGGGUCACACUGGGUGUGUUGGGGCUGACAAAGGAGGUGGUGACUUGCUGGGAAAAGCUGGAGACUGGACUACUUAGAUAUUUGGAGAAGGGUCCUGAGUCUGGGCUGCUUCUUUUUUUGUUUUUUUUUUUGGCUGCAUGGCAUGAGGGAUCUCAGUUCCCCGACCAGGGAUUGAACCUGCAGUGGAAGCAUGGAGUCUCAACCACUAUACCGCCAGGGAAGUCCCCGGACCGCUUCUAGAGCCAGAAUGUGUGGCCUCUGGGUUUGAGUCUGCAGAGCAUCUCCCUCUGUGUGAUAACUGGGGUGACAGAGGUGUCUUGCCUUUCAAACUUGUGUUUGCAGAAGCCCUUCCCUGGGUUUCCCUGGUGGCGCAGUGGUUAAGAGUCUGCCUGCCGAUGCAGGGGACACGGGUUCGUGCCCCGGUUCGGGAAGAUCCCACAUGCCGCGGAGCGGCUGGGCCCGUGAGCCAUGGCCGCUGAGCCUGCGCGUCCGGAGCCUGUGCUCCGCAACGGGAGAGGCCACAACAGUGAGAGGCCUGCAUACCACAAAAAAAAACAAAACAAAACAAACAGAAGCCCUUCCCUGCCACUGGUCCUGCCCUGCCUGGUGAGACAAUCAGGGCAGACACUGAGGCCUCCGAAAGCUAGAGGAGCAGGACCUGCUCUGCUGGGCUGUGGGUGCUUGAGGAACCUUCCUAUGGGUCUCCACGUGAGAGGGGUUCCCAGGAAUUGGGGAGGGGGCUCUUGGCUGUGACUAGAGACUAGACCACCCGGUGAGUUCAGGGAGAGCACGUGCUGUUCUGACAGGCCUGACAUCCCCAGUGGGCACUUUGCUUGAAGUCACUGGCUCCAUCACCUUUGCAGCUAACCCACUAGGCAGGUGAACACGCGUGCCACACACACUCUCCAGGCAUACCGAUGGCUCACUCACUAGCCACUUCCUCGAAGGUGUGCAUGACCCAAGAGUCUGCCCUCGGCCUGGGAUAAGGGACAGCAGCCACGCUUGGGGGACCUGGGGUCACCGCUGAGUUCUCAGCCUUGGCCCUCCUCUGGCCCAGGGUCACUUGGUCCAGCUGCCUGCCCUGGGUGGGGCCGACUCAGCCCUGGCUGACCAGAUUUCCGGAUGCACUUAUAAGGGUGAAAGGCUGGGCCAACCUUUCCUUCCUCAGGCUUGGCUGAGGCCCAGCCCCCACCUCACCAUGUUCCCAUGUCCCCCAGCAGAGCCCCUCUCCUGGCCCCAUAUUACCUGUGCAACUUGAUGGGGGAGUGGGGAGUGAAUUUCUGAGGAUGUGCCUGGAAGGAGUCCUGCACAGGGCCUGAGAAAUGGGCAGAAGAGUUGAUUGGUUUGGGUUGUAAAAGACAACUCCUCUCCUAGGCCUAAGCAGGUGAGAUACUUAUUCUGCUGAUAUCUCUACCCUUUCCUGGUGGAAGUCCUCAGAGCUGAUUAAUAAAUAUUGAAGGGGCCUGGUCCCCCUCUCACCCCAUUCCAAGCCCAUGGUGCCAGCAGGGAGAAUAGAGCAUCCCCUCCCCCCACAGGGGCAGGGCAGGUGACUUGGUUUCCGCACCCCUGGGAUCCUGGAACCAAGACGUCCACUCUGGGUAUUACUUUUGUCAUCACCCUGGAGACCCAUGAGAGGAAGCAGGAGAAACAAGAUAUUGGGAGGGUCUCUGUACACUCCUUUUAAACCUUCUUGGACCUGCAGGGGCAAAGGGGCAAAGGCUUUUGUUCCUUUUUUCCAGAGAGGGAAACCGAGUAUCAGGCAAGGGCAGGGCCACGGUCAGGCAGGAGGCAGAGGAGAGGCCAGAAAUAGUGCUGGUGCUCUGGCCUUGCCGACGCCUGAAGCCCACAUCGGUCAGGUCGAUUCCCCCUCAGUUAGCUCUGAAGCUGACACCCACAGUGACUAAAAGCCCAACUCACUGGCAGCCAGCCUGUGGCGCUGACUGUUGUGGCAGCCUGGGGUGGGGCUGUUGGCUGCCUGGGGCCACCCCAUCCCCAGGCCUCUGUGCUUUUGCACGGGCAGGUUUCCCUGUCCUGAAUGACCUUUCUGUUUCCUACUUGAUCUCCUGUCCUACUUUUAUGCUUAGAUGUCACUUAGUUUAGCAGAUUCUUGAGUACCUGCCAUGUGCCAGGCCCUGUGCUGAGCACUGGGGACUGUGCAGUGAACAAGAUGGGGUGCUCACAGACAAAGUGGCUGAAAAGACAAUGGACACCCAGCUGGCCGGUGCCUCCUGGGAGCUCAGCACUUACUGUGCACCAGGCCCUGUGCACCCCUAUCCCCCCUCAUGCUGGAUGGUCUCAGGCAGCUCAUGCCUACGAUGCGGCCCUCAGUGAGGAGUAGGCCCUCACUGAUCAUUUGUGGAGUGAGAAUGGAGACCAACACCUACAGAACCUGGACCCUGGCCUGGCUGUGACCAGGGCUGGGGGGAGCUUCUCCUCCUGUAUAUACAAGAGGGGCACAGAGAGGGCUGCUCUUGGGAACACUGGUGGUCACUGUGGCUUCAUGCCUCAGUUUCUCCAUCUGUGCCUUGGAUGGAUAUAGCGGCUGCCAUACCAGGCCUCAGGGCCUCCCUUACCCUAGGCACAUCCCCUCCCUUGCCUGGGUCCUGCUGCAGUUGGGAGGUGCUAGUUCCGGCCUAGACGGGUCAGACCCUCUAAGCCGGAGGUUCUGGUAUGAGGGGCCGCACUGCCCAGGGCAGAUAAAGGAACAAAGGCAGGAACUGGGCCAGGCUUGGGCUUGCUGCCUGCCCAUCCGCCUGGGCACCCCAGCCAGGCCUAAAGCUGAGAGAGGGUUUAAGGGAGAAGGGACCUAGGGUUCAGUCAGAGUGGGGAGACUCCUACGGCCCAUCUGCUGAGCUUCCAUCAGCAGCACAGCCAAGGUCAUGCAGAAAUGAGGGGUCAAGUGAGGAGGAUUUUCAGGAGCAGGAGAGCUAUUUUUUGAGAGCUCGUGGAUGCUUACAACUAGAGAGCCUGGGCAGCAGGGCCCUCUUUUUACCACCUAUCCUUGCCUGGGCCUGGAGUCCCCUUAACCCCAGAGUCACUGGCCAAGCCUGGGAGAAAAAAACCUCUCCCUUCCCCCACCCUGAGAUGGUCCAAGCCCUGGGGUACCACCUCCCACUGCAGAGGGAGGUGUGAGGGCCCUGCCAGGUCCUUUGUUUAGCUUGGGGAAUGUUUACUUUUUCCCAGGAAGCCACCCCCACAAUACACUGCUGCUGCCUGGGCUGGCUUUAGCCAGGACUUGAGGCCAAGAGGUGUUUGGAGGGGGAAAGCAGUCUUGUGAUGACAUGAGGUGGCUGGGCUACUGGGGAAACUGAGGCCGGAGUAAGGAGAUGGAAUGGAAGGUCACCUUGCCAGGGGAGGUCAGGAAAGAUGAAAAUAAUAGAAAUAACAGUAGGUACCCAUGAUGAUAACCAAGUGGUAGUCCCUCCAAGGCCUGGGGAGGGGGACUGCCUGGGUAUCCUGUGAGGAAUCAGACCCAGAGGCUUUCCCGGGUCACUCAGGAGCAGGACUAAGAUGGAGCCUGGCUCUGCCUGAUGUCUGAACCUGUCCCAGGACUGGGGGUGGAGGGCAGGUUGGGGAUGCAGGCGCAGCCCUCUUCCAUGGGCUUGGGCUCGGGCUUGGUCUCGAGCUCUAGGACCCUGCAGUGCCGGCUUUAGCCUGCCCAGCCUCACUUCCCAAGGAAAGGGCUGGGUUCGCACUGGUCAGUCUUCUUGUGCUCUCUACCACUGGAGAAACAGUACUUGGGUUUGCUUAUUUCCUAUGAAUCCAGUUGUCCAUCACCCCAGCCCCUCCACUGAUCAGAGUCCUCUAGGAAGCUCUCUCCCUUCAGAGAAGGAAAACCAGGGUCCAGGAGUGAAAAGGGCUUCUAUGACCAGAGCAGCCCUGGGGUUCAACCUUCUCAAGAGUCUGGGUGUAUCUGGCUUGCUCUUUGGGAAGGACGUUUUGCAGGUGGAGGGUGAACGGGUUGGUGCUGGUCAGUGCCCACCAGCCCUCCUCAGCCCAGCUCCUGAGCCUCUGGGGCUAUUGGGCCCAUAACAGUGCCACCACUUACAUCAUUUGCGUGUGGCAUUCGAGAACCAAAGUCGCCAGGUCUCCUUAUUAGGAAAUGAGAUUGGAGGUUAGGAAGGGUCACAGUCUAUUUACUUCACCCAAGGGGGAGUGAGUAUGGGGUGAAUACGGAUUGAAUUGGAAGGGCCUUUAGCAAGCCUCGACUUAGCUGGCCUGACUGCAUGGUGUGAGGAGUGGGGCUUGCCCACCAGGGGGGCUCCCUGGCCAGCCAAACAGGCUUGGAGCUUCAGAUUGCGAGGGACAGGUGAGAAGGCCCAGGAGUUUGGAGGCCAGGGGUGGCACCAGGGAGCUGGGUAGGUGGCUUUGACAGCUACAGGGGGAUUUGGAGCUAGCAAACUGGGGAGGUGUGGGUAUUCCAGGAUGAGCCUGAUGAGGGAGGAAGGAAGACCCAAAGCAUGAACUUGAGCCGAGAUCCCUGCGUUUCGGAUCUCAGUUUUCCUGGAAAUGGGAGCCGCCUCACUCCUGAGAGGGAACUUGGAAAUGGCCGCUUUGGGAGUUGGGAGGUCCUGGGUGCUGGUUGGCUGCCCCUCAGCUGGCCAGGGAUCAGCCCUCGGAGAGAGCGGGGCAGGUCCUUGUGCUUGCGGAGAGCCUGCCUGAGGCCCAGCCUGGGUCAGCCAGGCCAGGGCCGGAGGCUCUCAGCUGUGGUCCUUCCAGGUCCAGCCAAGCUUCAGAUGGGACCGCCACUGGCUGGGCCUUCUUAGCACAGGCCUUGUCUCUGGUUCCCUGGCACGAUGCCCACCCCUCCCUCCCUGGCUCCAGCUUCCCUUGGCACGGAGUGAGGAGCUGGUGCAUGCUCAAGGAGUAAAUCAUGUUCCUUGGCAGCCCCCACUGCUUCGUAAUCGUAAAGAAUUUAAAGAGAAACCACCAAGAUAAAAAUCUCAUCCUGGCCCAUAAAGGCAUCUUUCACCCUGUGGCUUGGGAGGUGGCGGCCUCAGAGUGGGCUCCUGGCUGUCUGCACCUGUGUGUGUGCACCUCCAACCCUGUGACCUCUCCAGAGGUGGUGGGGAGCCCAGAGGGUGUCUUCAGAGCCGUGGGUACUUGGCUUCUGACUCCAGGGAGACCUCCCGCUCCUCCCCCAGGGCAGGCGGUGGGACACUUCAUUUGGUAGAAUGAAGAGGUGGUGCUGUGGUGGUUGAGAGAGCUGGCCCUGAAGGCAGGCAAACCUCUAUCCUACCUUGUCAGCUGUGUGAUCUUAAGACAAGUAGCUUAGGCUCUCCCACCCCCGGUUUCUCCAUGUAAGGUAGGGAUGGCAGUGGCCCCAUGGAAACGGCAUUCUGAGGUCUCAAACUGCCUAGCUUGCAUCCUGGCCAUGGGUAGACCUUGCGUAGUGAAGUCCGUCUGUGUCCCUGCUGCCUCAUCUGUAAAAUGGGGGCAAAAAUGGUGCUGACUUCAUUGUGUUUUGUGCAUUAACUUUUUUUUUUUUUAAAUGCUUGGCUUUUUUGUUUGUUUGUUUUGUUUUGUUUAUUUAUUUAUUUUUGGCUGUGUUGGGUCUUCAUUUCUGUGCGAGGGCUUUCUCUAGUUGUGGCAGGUGGGGGGCCACUCUUCAUCGCGGUGCGCGGGCUUCUCACUGUCGUGGCCUCUCUUGUUGCGGAGCACAGGCUCCAGACGUGCAGGUUCAGUAGUUGUGGCUCACGGUCCCAGCCGCUCCGUGGCAUGUGGGAUCUUCCCAGACCAGGGCUCGAACCCGUGUCCCCUGCAUUAGCAGGCAGAUUCUCAACCCCUGCGCCACCAGGGAAGCCCUGUGCGUUAACUUUUUGUGAAUACAGUUAUGGCUCUGGCAAAGGAAGUCUUAGAAACUAAGAGCUACUCUGAGGGUGGCAGACACCCUCAGAGGGCUGUUCCUGGGGGUGCCCCAGGAGUCCGUACUGCCUCACCUCUCCCUCUAGAUUUCUAACCUUUGGUAAAGCAGAUGGUGUUUGGAAAGGACUGCAAGAGGGACCCUGAGCCCUGUGGAUGGAGUGGGGUCAGGAGGAGGAGGAUGCCUACCAUGGGUGUCUGGACAGGAUUUGUGGAGGAGGCUACAUCACAAACGGGAAGGGAGAUUUUGGGAGCGGGAAGAGCAGGAGCAGAGGUGGGGUGUGUGCGGUGCAGCAGUUGGGGAAGGGCGAGACGCUAGAUGGAGUCUUGCUCUUGGUGCUAGGAUAUAGAGUUUGCACUUUCUCCUUGUGGUUUUUGAGCUCUUUUUUUCAUGGCAGAGGUACCAAAUACAUACUGGGAAAAAGAUAAUGCAUUUGGGGAAGGGAUGCCAUGGAGGGGGCUCUCCCAGAGAUGAGUGUCCCAGUCUGGUUGGGGCCCACGAUCUGCUGCAGUGACACAGCCCGCAACCCCCCCGACCCCACACCCUGCACUGUUCUAGUUCCUACAGCUUGUGCUAGGGGUGACCAGGCCUGGGUUGCUCACUUGGGCAUCUACAUGACUGGCCCGAGAGUAUGUUUUCUUGGCCUGACCUGGCGCUGUCCUGGGAAUCUGAGCCCUGCCUCAAGGGAGCCCUUAGAGCUCUGGAGAAGCAGAGAAGAUUCCUGCUGCAUUUUUCUUAGAAAUAGCAAGAGGGCGUUUGCCAGAGGCCUGGAUGCCAGAAGGCUCCGAUCUGAAUCCAAAGCCCAGCUCACGUGGGUGCCUGAGCUUGGCAGGCCUGCAGGCCCCUGCCCCCCAGGCUGCUGAGCAGCCCCUGGGAGAGGGUGGAGGCCUCCUGGGGUUGCUUACUGAUCCUGACCUGGCAAAGAAUGGGGUCUGGGCGGUGGCUGCUGGCCUAGGUUCCAGGAGGCCAGCCCGUGGCGGAGGGAGGCUCAGCUAGGCUGACCUGUGGCAUUCUCACAGGGGCUGCUGGCAAGUAUUGCCUACCUGCUAUAUCUCUGCAGGGCAGAGACAGCCCCAAAGCAACAGGCCCCUCCAGGGACCAGGAGGCCUUUGGGGCGUGAGGCCUCAGCUCCACCCCCCUUCCCCCAGUCUUUGUCCUUCCUUCCUUCCCCUGAUCCCCCCUUGUCUGCAUCUCCUCCCAUCACUACCAUGAUCGCUCCGUGGCUUCCUACCCGGACAUGCUCUUUCCUCUAAGGUCUCUGCACCCAGCCAAGAGCCUUGUUUCUUCCCAUUUAGGGCUCAGUGCUGAUGCCCUCAUUUCCUUCCAGGGGCAGAGUCCACUGUGUGGACCUGCUGGUCCACCAGCCUGGGUGACUCCUGUCAGUCCUACACUACAAGUGGAGAGCAACAGCUAGAAUGUGGGGGCCUCCUGGGCUCCUGCAGCACCUGAGGUGGAAUGGGUGGCACUCUAGGCUCCUCUGCUCAAGGCUGCUCACGCUGUCAUUUUGCUUAGCACUCUCCAGUCCUAGCACCAGGCCUGUGUGGAGUACUUGCUGCCUUUCUGGACUGGCGACCAGCUAAGUCAUGCCUGGAGUCCUGACACAGCCUCACCACAUCCCUCAAGGCUGACCCUGAGCACACAUCUGUCUGUGCGGUGCCUCAGUUUCCCCAUCUGAAUAUUGCGGGGGGGCGCUAAGACUGUCUGGGACAUCCUGGGAAUCUCUGGGUGGGUGAUGUGAAGGGGCUGCAGGGACCCCAGGAGUCUGAGGAGGGCAGAGAUGGGGGCUGGGCCCAGGGCAGGGGGAGGGUCUUGACACCCACCAGCCUGUUGGUCCCAUCCUGGCCUGUCCGUCUGGUUGAUUUAUCAGAGUAAAUGAGCCAUGGAGAGUUUGUUGUCUUUUGCAGUCACAGGGAGGAGGAGGUGGUGGAGGAAGGAGUGAGGGGUUUCCGGGCCAGGUCUGGAAUGUGGGAGGAGGGGUGGGCUCCCCGAGGCCUGUGGAACUGGAGGCUCUGAUACACUCUGCCCACCUGAGAAAUGGAUUGGUGCCACCCUCCCCUCAGGACGAGCCCCUCUUCCCACCCCCUUCCGACUUCUUGGGGCGCAUUCCAGUGUGAACUGCUUGCCUAGCCCAGGCCCCCUCCUCCCACCCCAGGCUCAGGGACCGCCUUGACCCUUCAAGCCAGCCUCCUUGACCACACUGUGUCUUUUCCAAGCUGGGCAAGAGCUCUGAACUUUGCCUGGACUGCGGAUGCCCAAAGGUGUCCUCCUAGGCAGCCGUGCAUGCCAUUUGGGUCCAGGUAGGACGUCCUGGCCCCCUGAGCCACCAGCCCAGACCUAGAACAAUCAGGCACCAUGUGGUCCUGGGGUUGGGCAGGGAUCAAUAGAAGCACCGAGGCUGGAGGGCUCCCUACCUGCUGGGACACAAUGGUCUAAAGUCACUGGACAUCCUUAGUGGGGAGAGAUGUAGAACCUUUGCUGUCUACCAGGUUUGUGUGCCAGGGAGUGACUCUGCUGCCCCUUCCCACCUGGCUUUUUCCCGGGUCAGGAUGAGCUGUGCCCCCAGCCUGUCUUCUCCUGGGCGGAGCAGGUGGGCGCUGGGGCGGAACGGGCGUGGGAACAGCACGCCUGGGCCUGCCGGUCCCAGGCCCCAGGCCCCAACCCCCAACCUCCAACCCCCAACCCCCAGCCCUUAGCCCCCAAAAUGGGAGGGAAGCCUGCAGCAGAGCUUAGCCCAGCUGGGCUGCUCCAGCUCGGCUCCAGCUUGGUGUUUACUGAACAGCUGCGAUGUUUACAGUAGCCCUAUAGAAGGGGCCCCUUGUUCCAGAGGAUUUCCCAUCUUGUGGGUCCCACUGGGGGCUCUUCUGACCUCACCACCUCCCCGCACCCCUGGGAUAGGCAUGUCAGGGUGGCAGGGACUACAAUCAUCUCUACCCUCUCCAGCGCUGGGCCAGUGUCUUGGCACCUGCCCCUCCACCAUUCACUCUGGCCUUGGGUCCCUCUCCCCUGGAGGAGCUGACAUUCCCAGGAAGUGGCAGCUUUAAGUGAUGAAAUACGGGUCCCCAGUUCAGACUUUUAAAUUAAAUUCAAUCAGAGCCGUUAUUGAAUAUAAACACGUGGAGUCAUUUACAUGUUAAUUAUGUUGAAUGGACUAUGAGGCCAUAAUUAGUUGCUAAUUGGGUGAGAGCGGCUGUAAUUGGUUUUGUUGGCACUGACCUGGCUCACCUGCCUAGGGGGAAGAGGGGCGAGUAUGGAUGCCUCCUAGGGAGGCUUCUGGGUCUCUGAUCUGGACAGCUUGAACCAGAGAUGGGAUUGAAGAGGACAGAUUUUGAGGGGCUUGGGGCCAGAGGAACCUGGAGCCUACCCCCCAGCGAAGAGGCAGCUUAAGCCCCAGGCAAAACCCUGGGUCUGGCUUCUAGGGGUUCCCAUCUAGAACAUCCCUAGGGAUGGGGUGGGAGGUGGGACUGGGAGAGCCAGCCUCUGAAUCAAAGGUGACAGCCUCUUCUGCCCAGCCCCAUGUGGGACCUGGACCUGAACAAAUGGUAAAUGCCUAGGAGAGGGUCCAUGGGAGCACAAGGCAGAUGCCACCCUGGUAUGUCAAGGCAGAUGCUGGGGCCCUGGAUUGGCCUGGCCAGGGUUGGAGUCUUGGCAUUGAGGUACGAGUAAGGUGGACGUGCUGAGCAGGGAGAAAGGUGCAUGCCAAGGCUUUAGGGAGGCCCUGCCCCCAGCUCGCCUGGCUGGGGCUCCAGGGUUACAAGGCUGUGGCCAGGGGCUGAGGCCUUCCGGCUGGCCGCUCAUUAAAAGAGGAUUAGGCCGAGAGCCAGUGGGUCAGCCCAGCCCCUGGGCCUUCCCUCUGGGGCCCCUCACAGCUUGAGGGAGUGGUAAAGGGGCCGGGGGCCAACCCUCCCUAGAGCCCAUGGGAGUGUCCAGGAGGGACCCUGCCAUUCCUGCUGCUGCCACUGCUACCAUCUCCUUAUCCACCUCAGUUUCCCUCCUCAGAAGGGCAGGGGGAUUAAGUACUGACCAGAGACCCCGGCCAGCACCCCCACCCCUCACCCCCAGCCUCAUUUCUCUUCAUCUUAGGGAUUAAGGCUGGACCAGCCCACAUGAAGUCAGAGGUCAGGGCUGAGCUGCCGGGACCUGUCUAUCACCUCCCAGUACCCAAGCACAGCCCAGGGAGGUGACCCUGUCCGUCAGGGCCUGCUGCUUUGUAAGGCUGUAACCAAGGGGGCGGGGUACCCAUCUCUGAUCCAAGACCCCCCUUUUGCAGCAGCCCCUGCCUCACUGGCAAGCAGACCUGGUGUCCUAGAGACAGGCAGCAGGGGUCGGGGGCCGCCCACUCGGGGUCUGCGGGUGAGGGCUGCAGACACGCCUCCUCAGUGCUGUCCUCGCCCACCACCUCCUUUAAAGUAAGGCAUCAUCAGCUGCUUCCCAGAGAGGAGGAAACAGAGACCCCCAGGAUUAAGCCUCCUUUACACUGAGAAAAUUCCUGCCUCUGGACCUUUGCCAGGCCGUUCUGGGCCAGGACCCCUAGUGUCUAAUGGCCAUGGGAGAGUGCUAGAGGCUGGAAACGACUGCGGAAAUGAGGUGUCUGAUGCCAGAAAAGGCUCUUCCUUCCCCAUGACGGGAAAAGCCUUCCCGGAUGUCACCCCACCCAACCUGUGCCCAGCCUGGAUGAGGGCAUGGGGGUGGGGAGCUCUUCCCUGGAGCAUCACUCAGGCACACCACCCUCCCUCCCCAAGGUCGGAGCUUAUACAAACUUGAAUCCCUGACACCCACAGAGCCUUUGGUUGUGCCCCAGCCCCUCCUUCUGUAUUGUCCUGGGGGUGGGGGAGGGGCGACACUCCUGCUAUCAGAGCUGGGCCUGGGGCAAGUGGAGCAGAGGUGGGGACUGGCCUGAGGACAGGAGCAACCUCAGUCCGUGUCAGCUCCCCCACAUCCAUGCCCCCUCAGGCCCCCAGGUCCCCUUGGCCCAAGUCCCUGCUCCUCAGUGGGGCUGAGGGCCAGUAAGCUCUAGCCCUGCUGACACUGCAGGUGUCAGAGCAGGAUGCCCAGGGCUACUCAACCACCAUCUGCCCUGACCCGGGCUUCUUGGAGGAGUGAAGGCCCCCUGUUCCUCUACCCUGCGGCAGAGUGAGGAGGUGGGACAGCACACCAGUUUCACUCCUCACCCUGUGACCUAAGAGCUUAAGGCCACAGGCACGGCCCACUUCUUCAACUUCCUGCUCAACACAACUGAUUACCGAAUCCUGCUUAAGGACGAGGACCACGACCGCAUGUAUGUGGGCAGCAAGGACUACGUGCUGUCUCUGGACCUGCAUGACAUCAACCGCGAGCCCCUCAUUAUCCACUGGGCAGCCUCCCCACAGCGCAUUGAGGAGUGUGUGCUCUCAGGCAAGGAUGGCAACGGUGAGUGCGGGAACUUCGUCAGGCUCAUCCAGCCCUGGAACCGAACACACCUGUAUGUGUGCGGGACCGGCGCCUACAACCCCAUGUGCACCUAUGUAAACCGCGGCCGCCGCGCCCAGGCCACACCCUGGACCCAGAUGCAGGUGGUCAGAGGCCGAGGCAGCAGAGCCACCGAUGGUGCCCUCCACCCGACGCCCACAGCCCCACGCCAGGAUUACAUCUUCUACCUGGAGCCUGAGAAACUCGAGUCAGGAAAGGGCAAGUGUCCCUAUGACCCCAAGCUGGACACAGCCUCAGCCCUCAUCAACGAGGAGCUCUAUGCAGGUGUGUACAUCGACUUCAUGGGCACCGACGCGGCCAUCUUCCGCACGCUUGGAAAGCAGACGGCCAUGCGCACGGAUCAGUACAACUCCCGGUGGCUCAAUGACCCUUCGUUCAUCCACGCUGAGCUCAUCCCUGACAGCGCCGAGCGCAACGACGACAAGCUCUACUUCUUCUUCCGUGAGCGGUCUGCGGAGGCACCACAGAGCCCCGCCGUGUAUGCCCGCAUCGGGCGGAUCUGCCUGAACGAUGACGGCGGCCACUGCUGCCUGGUCAACAAGUGGAGCACAUUCCUGAAGGCAAGGCUGGUCUGCUCUGUGCCAGGCGAGGAUGGCAUCGAGACCCACUUUGACGAGCUCCGUGAGCACCCGGCAGGCGGGCGGGGGCCUAUGGCUACUGCAGGGGAUGGCGGCCGGAUGGGUGGUCAGGGGAAGCCUGGUGCCCCCCACCCAGGAGUGGGCAGGGCCUUGGGGCUCGUGGCCAAGGUACCCUCCCAGCUCCCUCUCCUUCUGUCCCCAGAGGAUGUGUUUGUCCAGCAGACCCAGGAUGUGAGGAACCCAGUCAUUUACGCUGUCUUUACCUCCUCGGGCUCUGUGUUCCGAGGCUCUGCCGUGUGUGUCUACUCCAUGGCUGACAUUCGCAUGGUCUUCAAUGGGCCCUUUGCCCACAAGGAGGGCCCCAACUACCAAUGGAUGCCCUUCUCAGGGAAGAUGCCCUACCCACGGCCCGGCACGUGCCCUGGUGGAACCUUCACGCCAUCCAUGAAGUCCACCAAGGACUAUCCUGAUGAAGUGAUCAACUUCAUGCGCACCCACCCACUCAUGUACCAGGCCGUUUACCCUCUGCAGCGGCGGCCCCUGGUGGUCCGCACAGGCUCUCCUUACCGUCUCACCACUGUUGCCGUGGACCAGGUGGAUGCAGCCGACGGGCGCUAUGAGGUGCUUUUCCUGGGCACAGACCGCGGGACAGUGCAGAAGGUCAUUGUGCUGCCUAAGGAUGACCAGGAGAUGGAGGAGCUCAUGCUAGAGGAGGUGGAGGUCUUCAAGGAACCAGCAUCUGUUAAGACCAUGACCAUCUCUUCCAAGAGGCAACAACUGUACGUGGCCUCAGCCGUGGGCGUCACACACCUGAGCCUGCACCGCUGCCAGGCAUAUGGGGCCGCCUGUGCCGACUGCUGCCUUGCCCGGGACCCCUACUGUGCCUGGGAUGGCCAAGCCUGUUCCCGCUACACAGCGUCCUCUAAGAGGCGGAGCCGCCGGCAGGACGUCCGGCACGGGAACCCCAUCAGGCAGUGCCGUGGGUUCAAUUCCAAUGCCAAUAAGAAUGCCGUGGAGUCUGUGCAGUAUGGCGUGGCAGGGAGCGCAGCCUUCCUUGAGUGCCAGCCCCGCUCGCCCCAGGCUACCGUUAAGUGGCUGUUCCAGCGAGAUCCGAGUGACCGGCGCCGAGAGAUGCGUGCAGACGACCGCUUCCUGCGCACGGAACAGGGCUUGCUGCUUCGCGCCCUGCAGCUUGGUGAUCGCGGCCUCUACUCCUGUACAGCCACCGAGAACAACUUCAAGCAUGUCAUCACACGAGUGCAGCUGCAUGUACUGGGCCAGGACGCUGUCCAUGCUGCCCUCUUCCCACCCCCAGCUGUGAGCGUCCCACCGCCCCCAGGCGCCGGGCCCCCCACACCCCCUUACCAGGAGCUGGCGCAGCUCCUGGCCCAGCCAGAAGUGGGCCUCAUCCACCAGUACUGCCAGGGCUACUGGCGCCAUGUGCCCCCCAGUCCCAGGGAGGCCCCAGGGGCACCCAGGCCUCCUGAACCCCAGGACCAGAAAAAACCCCGGAACCGCCGCCACCACCCGCCGGACACAUGAGGCCUGCUGUCCGAGCCCUGCGAUGGGCCGGCCUAGUCCUCGUCCCUUUUAAUAUAAAAGAUAAAUAUAUAUAUAUAUAUAAAAUAUCUAUAUUCUAUAUACACCCUGCCCCUGCAAAGACAGUAUUUAUUGGUGGGUUGUAAAUAGCCUGCCUCAGCGGCAGCAUCAUCCAAAACUUAGACCCAUGCUGGUCAGAGACGGCAGAAAACGGAGCCCACCUAACCAGGCCCGGCCAGUUGGCCGAGCCAGGCCAGGACCACACAGUCCCCAGGCUCAGCUGGGAGUCUACCUGCUCGACAGCCACCGCCAGGACCUACAGGACACAGGGAAGGAGCAAGCUCUACCUGGAUGGGGCACGGACUGUACACCUUCGCCCAUGUUUGCUGGUGGCAUACAUGUGGAUGCGAGGACUGCUUGGAGACCGGGGGUGGGAGUGAGGGCUCAGAUGCGCUCAGAGAAGGGAAGAAGGGGCUGGCACAGGAUGCCGGCCCCUGCCUGGGAGAGGGGCACUCAGUCAAGGCCAGCCCUUUCCUGGGUAUUUAUUCUCUAUUUAUUGGGGACAGGAGAAGAGGAGCCCUGCCUGGGUGGGGCAGCCCCUCCAGCCCCUCCUUCCCUCCCUGCCUGGCCACUCUACCUCCUCUUUGCUUUCUGCCUGCCGCUGUGAUGCAGGGGCUGGGAGAAAAGCAGAGGGGCCAGGCUCAGGUAGCGCUGAGGGGAGAGGGGGUCAUGGUGGAGGCCUGGGGCCUGCAGGGGCUCCCCAGGGCUCCCUUCUGCCCACCACUUCAGAUGAUGGGUGUAAAUAGCUCUGGGGGGCAGUUGGGUAGGUGGAUGGGGGCUCCUGGCAGCCCUCGGCUGUCCAGGCCACACCUGCCCUUGGGUUCCAUCUUGCUAAUAAACACUGGCUCUGGGACUGGA